ACCCCUCAACAUCAAAACCACAACCAUCUCUCUCACUCUCAUUCUUACUCCCAAAAUGGCAUUCUCUGGUUUUGAAGGCUUUGAAAAAAGAUUAGAACUUCAUUUCUUUGACAAUGAUCCAAAUCAAACCAUUAGUCACAACCAACUUGGUUUAAGAAAACUCGAAUUCGAAUCCAUUCAACAAAUCCUACAAGCUGUUCAAUGCACAGUCGUUUCAGCACUUGGCAACACUUACUUUGAUUCCUAUGUUUUAUCAGAGUCAAGUCUCUUUGUAUAUCCAACAAAAAUCAUAAUCAAAACUUGUGGAACCACACAGCUUCUCAAAUCGAUUAUUCCAUUAAUCUACUUUGCAAAUAAUCGCUUAAACCUCACACUCUCCUCUCUCUCUUACACAAGAGGAAGCUUCAUUUUCCCAAACUCACAACCUUUCCCUCACACUUCAUUCAAUGAUGAACUCACUUUCUUACAAAACACUAUCCCUUCAAAUCUUUGCUUCAGAAAAGCUUCCAUCAUGCCUUCAAAAUCUUCUUCUCAUUCAUGGCAUGUUUUCACAGCAACCCAAAACCCUCAUCAUUAUCAACAUGAUCAGGAGACAUACACAAUGGAGAUUUGCAUGACUGAGCUUGAUCCUAUUCUCGCCGGAAAAUUCUUCCGGCAACCCAACGAUGAAAAAUCCGGCCAUUCUGCCGGUAAAGAAAUGACGGAGCUGACCGGAAUAAACGAAAUCAACAAAGAAGCAUUCAUUUGUGAUUUUGCUUUUGAUCCUUGUGGAUAUUCAAUGAAUGGCAUGGAUGGAGAAUUGUAUUCUACCAUUCACGUAACUCCGGAAGAUGGUUAUAGCUAUGCAAGCUUUGAAUGUGUGGGGUCCAUAAACAACAAUGAUGAUAACAUAGUUCAUAUGUUAAGGAAGGUUGUUCAGAUUUUCCGACCAGGGACAAUGUCGGUGUUGAUAAGGACAUGUAGUGAUUAUAACAAUGAGGUUUGGAGAAAGGUUGCCGGUGCAGUGGAGCCUCUUGGGUUGAAAUGUAGGAGUUGUGUUAUGGACCAGUUUCCGGCGAUAGGAGGAGUUGUGUUUCAAACAUUUACACCACUUCGCCGGAAAAAUGGUCUAAAGUAGUGAUGGACAAAGAUCUAGUUUAUCUAAUUUUGAUAAAGAUUUCUUGUAUUCUAUCUAUUUAUCGUUAAAUCUAAAUAUAUGCUAAUAUGAUUU